AUGCACUUCGCCGUGCCUGCAGCGCUGAAAAAAGCAACUCGCCGCGCCUGCAGCGCGGAAGACGCACUUGGCCACGCCUCUCAGCUGGCAGUGCCGAGCCUCUCACCAGGCAGUGCCGAGCCUCUCAUGGCGCGCGAUCCGCCGCCUACCACGUGGCGCGCGAUCCGCCGCCUGGUGAUGCCGCUGCCUGGUGGGAGAGGCAACAAAAAAGGUGCGCGUAAUUACUUCAAAUAUAAGGACGACGAUGACAAGUACGGGAACAACAACGAGGACGCGGAGGAGGAGGAGGAGGAGGAGGAGGAGGAGGAGGAGGAGGAGGAGGAGGAGGAGGAGGAGGAGGAGGAGGAGGAGGAGGAGGAGGAGGAGGAGGAGGAGGAGGAGGAGGAGGAGGAUGCGGAGGAGGAGGAGCAGGAGCAGGAGCGGGACAUCACCAUCGAGCAGCAACAGAACAGGGGUGACAACGACCAGGAGGGCGACGACAACGAGGCGGAGGAGGACAAGGAGGAGGAGGAGGAGGAGGAGGAGGAGGAGGAGGAGGAGGAGGAGGAGGAGGAGGAGGAGGAGGAGGAGGAGGAGGAGGAGGAGGAAGACGACGAGGACCAGGACGAAGAGCAGGAGCAGGAGCAGGGGCAGGAGGAGGAGGAGGAGGAGGAGGAGGAGGAGGAGGAGGAGGAGGAGGAGGAGGAGGAGGAGGAGGAGGAGGAGGAGGAGGAGGACAAGGAGCAGGAGGAGGAGGAGGAGGAGGAGGAGGAGGAGGAGGAGGAGGAGGAGGAGGAGGAGGAGGAGGAGGAGGAGGACAAGGAGGAGGACGAGGAGGAGGAGGAGGGCGACGAGAAAGAAGACGACAACGAUGAGGUGGAGGAAGACGAGGAGGAGGAGGAGAACGAGGAGGAGGAGGAAGACGAGGAGGAGGAGGAGGAGGAGGAGGAGGAGGAGGAGGAGGAGGAGGAGGAGGAGGAGGAGGAGGAGGAGGAGGAGGAGGAGGAGGAGGAGGAGGAGGAGAACGAGGAGGACGAGGAGGAGGAGGAGAAGGAGGAGUAG